AUAUAUAUAUAUAUCAUGGUUUCUGAGCGCUGGCAAACUGCAACAGGAGGAAAUAGUAACCAAACCGCCAUGGCCGCCCAAUUUUCAGCAGAAGUAGAAGCCACUAAUAUUAAUGGCAUGAACACCGCGGAAGCUUCCGAUGAGCAGAAACUGCAAGUGGACAGCCUCUCGGUAACCCUGGAGAGGCUGCCCCAUCUCGCCCACUACCUCAGAAACCAAAACCUCAAAACCUACCCCAAUCCGCUGGACCUAAACCAGUUCUUCUGCCCCUCCGACGGCUUCUACCUCACCCACACCGACGUCGUCCUCAGCCAGGCCUCCUUCGACCUCUCCGUCCCUAAAUUCAAUUCCGCCGCUGCUUACCCCCGUGCAGGACCACGGAAGCACAUCUUCUUCGACCCAUCUCACGUGCGUGCGGCCAUAGUCACGUGCGGAGGACUGUGCCCGGGCAUCAACACGGUGAUCAGGGAGCUGGUGGUGGGGCUGUGGGAGCUGUACGGCGUGCGGGAGAUAUUUGGGGUGAAAGCCGGGUACGGAGGCUUCUACUCGGCUGACCCCCCAGUACCCCUUCACCCUAAGCUCGUCCACAAUUGGCACAGGAGAGGCGGCUCCGUCCUUCAGACCUCCAGAGGUGGCUUCCAUCUUUCCAAGAUCGUCGAUUCCAUCCAAGAUCACGCCUUUAAUCAGGUUUACAUCAUAGGCGGAGAUGGCACCAUGCGUGGAGCCGUGAAGAUAUUUGAGGAGAUACGCCGGAGAAAGCUGGAGGUUGCAGUGGUUGGGAUUCCAAAGACGGUGGACAACGACAUGGGCAUCAUAGACAGAUCGUUCGGUUUUCAGACGGCAGUGGAAAUGGCGCAGCAGGCCAUCAGCGCCGCUCACGUGGAGGCUGAGAGUGCGGUGAAUGGCAUUGGUCUGGUCAAGCUAAUGGGUCGCAGCACGGGCCACAUUGCCCUGCACGCAACCUUGAGCAGUAGGGAUGUGGAUUGUUGCCUGAUUCCCGAGACCGAAUUCUACUUGCAAGGAAAAGGAGGACUCUUUGAAUUUCUCCAGCAGCGGCUGGAAGAGAACGGCCAUGCGGUGGUAGUGGUUGCCGAGGGGGCCGGACAGAAUAUGAUACCCAGAGUCAGACCCACAGCCACAAGCCAUAAUGAUGAUGAUGAUCCCGCCCAGAACGAGCAGAAAGAAGACAAGGAUGAAUCGGGUAACCCGGUGUUCUUGGAUGUGGGAGGGUGGCUGAAGUCGGAGCUGAACAAGUGGUGGAAGAGGGAUCACCCCAACGAACUGUUCACGGUGAAAAACAUUGAUCCAACGUAUAUGAUUCGGGCUGUGCCGGCAAACGCCACAGAUAAUUUGUACUGUACUAUUCUGGCGCACUCAGCAAUUCAUGGCGUAAUGGCCGGGUAUACUGGUUUUGUUACAGGACCCGUUAAUGGCAGCUACGUGUAUAUUCCACUGCAAGUGGUAGCAGAGGCUAGAAAUCCUGUCAACACCAGGGACCAUAAGUGGGCAUGGGUCAGAUCCGUCACAAACCAGCCUGAUUUUCUUGAUUAGGACCUCAUCCUAGUUAAUCUCUCUCUCUCUCUCUCUCUCUCUCUCUGAAGCCUAAAGAUAAUAUGUUUUCUUCCUUGUGGUUACUUUGUGGCUUUUUGUAGAUAUGAAUAUCUUGUACCUAA